CGCGCGCCGCCGCGCCGUUCGCCUCGUCGCCUCAUCCUCCUCGUCGUCGCCGCCGCCCAUGGCCGCCGCCGCCGAGGAGCCUUUCCCCUUCCACGGGCUCCUGCCGAAGAAAGAGACGGGGGCCGCCUCCUUCCUGGGCCGCUUCCCGGAGUACGACGGCCGGGGGGUCCUCAUCGCCGUGCUCGAUACCGGGGUCGACCCCGGGGCGCCGGGCAUGCAGGUUACAACUGAUGGGAAACCCAAAAUUAUCGAUAUCAUCGAUACCACAGGAAGUGGUGAUGUGAACACUUCUACAGUUGUAGAACCGAAAGAUGGGGAAAUUCUUGGACUUUCAGGAAGAACUCUUAAGAUUCCAACAAAUUGGAUAAAUCCUUCAGGCAAAUAUCAUAUUGGCAUUAAAAAUGGCUAUGACUUCUAUCCUAAGGCUCUUAAGGAAAGAAUGCAGAAAGAACGCAAGGAGAAAAUCUGGGACCCCGUUCACAGAGUUGCGCUUGCGGAAGCCUGUAGGAAGCAAGAUGAGUUUGAGGCUGUCAACAACUCUCCCUCUCAAAUAAGUAAACUCAUAAAAGAGGAGCUACAGAGUCAAGUAGAACUGUUAAAUUCUUUUGAAAAAAAAUUUAAUGAUCCCGGCCCUGUGUAUGAUUGUUUGGUGUGGCACGACGGUGAUAAUUGGAGAGCCUGCAUUGAUUCAAAUGAAGGUGGAGAUUUGAGUAACUGCACUGUAUUAAGAAACUAUAAGGAAGCCCAGGAAUAUGGAUCUUUUGGCACAUCUGAGAUGUUGAACUACUCUGUUAACAUUUAUGAUGAAGGAAACCUACUUUCUGUUGUGACAAGUGGAGGAGCUCAUGGAACGCACGUAGCCAGUAUAGCUGCUGGACACUUUCCGGAAGAACCCGAGCGAAAUGGUGUGGCUCCUGGAGCUCAGAUUCUUGCAAUAAAGAUUGGUGAUACGAGAUUAAGUACCAUGGAAACUGGUACAGGCCUUAUAAGAGCCAUGAUAGAAGCAAUCAAGUAUAAGUGUGACCUUGUCAAUUACAGCUAUGGAGAAGCAACUCACUGGCCAAAUUCUGGGAGAAUUUGUGAAGUAAUUAAUGAAGCUGUAUGGAAGCACAACAUAAUCUAUGUUUCCAGUGCUGGGAAUAAUGGUCCGUGCCUUUCUACAGUCGGUUGCCCGGGUGGAACCACUUCAAGUGUAAUAGGUGUUGGUGCAUAUGUUUCUCCUGACAUGAUGGUUGCUGAAUAUUCUCUAAGAGAGAAACUACCAGCAAAUCAGUAUACUUGGUCUUCCAGAGGCCCUAGUACCGAUGGGGCUCUUGGAGUAAGUAUUAGCGCACCAGGAGGAGCUAUUGCUUCUGUUCCUAACUGGACGUUACGAGGGACACAGCUUAUGAAUGGAACAUCCAUGUCUUCUCCUAAUGCUUGUGGAGGCAUUGCUUUAGUGCUAUCAGGACUCAAAGCUAAUGACAUUCAUUACACAGUUCAUUCAGUGAGAAGAGCUUUGGAAAACACUGCCGUGAAAGCUGAAAAUAUAGAAGUAUUUGCUCAAGGGCAUGGUAUUAUUCAGGUUGAUAAAGCCUAUGACUACCUCGUUCAAAAUACGUCAUUCACUAGUAAAAUAGGUUUUACCAUUACCGUUGGAAAUAAUCGUGGAAUCUACCUCAGAGAUCCUGUUCAGACAGCCGCACCUUCGGAUCAUGGAGUUGGCAUAGAACCUGUGUUUCCAGAGAACACAGAUAACUCCGAAAGAAUAUCCCUUCAGCUUCAUUUAGUUUUAACUUCAAAUUCAACAUGGGUUCAGUGUCCUAGUCAUUUGGAGCUCAUGAACCAGUGUAGACAUAUUAACAUACGUGUGGACCCCAGGGGUUUAAGAGAAGGACUACACUAUACAGAGGUGUGUGGCUAUGAUUUAGCAUCACCCAGUGCAGGCCCUUUGUUCAGAGUUCCAAUUACUGCAGUUGUAGCAGCAAAAGUAAAUGAAUCUUCUCACUAUGACCUUGUCUUUACUGAUGUGCAUUUUAAACCUGGUCAAAUCCGAAGGCAUUUUGUUGAAGUUCCCCAGGGAGCCACGUGGGCUGAAGUUACAGUGUCUUCAUGUUCCUCUGAAGUGUCAGCCAAGUUCGUCCUUCAUGCUGUGCAGCUUGUGAAACAGAGAGCAUAUCGAAGUCAUGAGUUCUAUAAGUUUUCUUCCCUUCCAGAAAAAGGAUCUUUUACUGAAGCAUUUCCUGUCUUGGGCGGAAAAGCAAUAGAAUUUUGCAUUGCUCGUUGGUGGGCAAGCCUUAGUGAUGUCAAUAUUGAUUAUACCAUUUCCUUCCAUGGUAUAGUUUGUGCAACUCCUCAGCUAAAUAUUCAUGCGUCAGAAGGGAUAAACCGUUUUGAUGUGCAGUCUUCCUUGAAAUAUGAAGAUCUUGCACCUUGUAUAACUCUGAAGAGUUGGGUCCAAACCCUACGUCCGGUGAAUGCGAAAACAAAACCUUUAGGAUCCCGAGAUGUCCUGCCAAAUAAUCGUCAACUUUAUGAGAUGAUCUUGACAUACAACUUUCAUCAACCGAAAAGUGGAGAAGUGACGCCAAGUUGCCCACUACUUUGUGAAUUAUUAUAUGAAUCAGAAUUUGAUAGUCAACUCUGGAUUAUAUUUGACCACAACAAAAGACAGAUGGGAUCAGGAGAUGCCUAUCCUCACCAGUAUUCUGUGAAACUGGAGAAAGGCGACUACACUAUUCGACUACAAAUCCGUCACGAGCAAACCAGUGACCUGGAUCGUCUUAAAGACCUGCCAUUUGUUAUUUCUCAUAGACUGUCUACUACCUUAAGCUUAGAUAUUCACGAGACUCAUAGCCUUGCACUGUUAGGGAAGAAAAAAUCGAACAGUUUGACAUUACCACCAAAACAUAGUCAGCCGUUCUUUGUUACCACCCUACCAGAUGACAAAAUCCCAAAAGGGGCUGGACCAGGAUGCUACCUUGCAGGAUCCCUAACCUUGUCAAAGACGGAGCUCGGAAAGAAAGCUGGGCAGUCUGCAGCAAAACGCCAAGGAAAAUUUAAAAAGGAUGUAAUCCCUGUUCAUUACUACCUAAUUCCCGCACCAACGAAAUCAAAGAAUGGCAGCAAGGACAAAGAAAAGGAUUCAGAAAAAGAAAAGGAUAUAAAGGAAGAGUUUGCUGAAGCCUUGAGAGAUCUGAAAAUACAGUGGAUGACAAAGUUGGAUUCUAGCGAUAUUUAUAAUGAAUUGAAAGAAGCCUUUCCCAAUCACCUUCCUUUGUACGUUGCACGCCUUCAUCAGCUGGACUCUGAAAAGGAGCGCAUGAAAAGACUUAGCGAGAUUGUUGCAGCGGCAAAUACCGUUAUCUCUCAGAUAGACCAGACAGCCCUAGCAGUUUAUCUUGCAAUGAAGAGUGACCCCAGGCCUGAUGCUGCUACUAUAAAAAACGACAUGGAAAAACAGAAAUCUACCCUAGUGGAUGCCAUUUGUCGAAAAGGCAGCGCGUUGGCAGACCAACUUCUUCAGUGGCAAGCACAAGAUGGAGCUGUUUCAAGUGAAUCAGAGGGAAAAGAGGAGGAACGAGAAAGCUGUUUGGAGUCUCUCUCUGAUGUUUUCUGGGAAACUACAAAGUGGACUGAUCUCUUUGAUACCAAGGUUUUAACAUUUGCAUACAAACACGCAUUGGCAACUAAGAUGUAUGGAAGAAGUCUCAAAUUUGCAACCAAACUGGUGGAAGAGAAGCCAACCAAAGAGCACUGGAAAAAUUGUAUACAACUGAUGAAGUUACUUGGAUGGACCCAUUGUGCGUCUUUCUCUGAAAACUGGCUGCCCAUCAUGUAUCCUCCUGAUUAUUGCGUGUUCUGA